UGUCUGUCAAGUCUAAAUUCCAAACUUGUUUACAGUGACACAGGCUCUGACAGUGCUUUGCUAACACAGAGAAUCUCAUUCGGUUUUCAUUAAACGCCCAUCGUUCCAUUGUUGCGGUCGUCUUUAAAAGUUACUCAUCUAGCGGAACAAUGACCGAAGCGUUGAAACCAGUUUUCAGCUAUAUUGAUAGCAACAAAGGCAAGUUCAUAAAGAAUUUGGAUGAAGCAGUUGCCAUCAAGUCUGUUUCAGCAUGGCCAGAAACUCGCCCUGAAAUCUUCAAGAUGGUCAAGUGGGUUGCAGCCAAACUUGAACUACUUGGAGCUACAACAGAACUAAAAGAUGUUGGCAAACAGAAAAUGCAUGAUGGAAGUAUCUUAGACCUACCCCCUGUUCUUUUCGGCAAACUUGGGAAUGAUCCCAGCAAGAAAACUGUAAUGGUUUACGGGCAUCUCGAUGUUCAGCCAGCUCUCAAGGAAGAUGGAUGGGACACAGAUCCAUUUGUUUUGACUGAAGUAGAUGGUAAACUUUAUGGUCGAGGAUCCACUGAUGACAAAGGCCCAGUACUUGGUUGGAUUCAUGCCAUUGAAGCUUUCCAACAAACAGGACAAGAUCUGCCCGUCAACCUUAAGUUUUGUUUUGAAGGCAUGGAAGAAUCGGGAAGUGAAGGUCUCGAAGAGCUAUUGCAAAAAGAAAAAGACGCAUUUAUGAGUGGCGUAGAUUUCGUUUGCAUUUCCGACAAUUACUGGCUCGGUAAAAACAAGCCGUGCUUAACCUACGGUCUGCGUGGGCUAUGCUAUUUUGAAAUCGAAGUUGCUUGCGCUGAUAAAGAUCUGCACAGUGGCGUUUUCGGUGGCUCCGUGCAUGAAGCUAUGGCGGAUUUGAUCUACAUGAUGAACACACUGGUGAACAACAGGGGACAGAUCUUAGUUCCUGGAAUCAUGGCUGAUGUAGCUCCUGUCACCGAUGAAGAAUUGGCAACUUAUGCCACGAUUGAUUUCGAUCUUGAACACUACAAGAAAGAUAUUGGGUGCAACCACUUGCUACACAAAACUGACAAGUCCAAAACUCUGAUGCACCGAUGGCGCUUCCCGGCGCUCUCACUUCACGGAAUUCAAGGGGCUUUUAGUGAACCAGGAGCUAAAACAGUUAUUCCAAGGAAAGUUUCUGGCAAAUUUUCUAUUCGUAUCGUUCCCAAUCAAACACCGGAGAAGGUAAACCAAGUGGUAAAUGAUUACCUUAAUGAAAUGUGGAAGUUGCGCGAGAGCCCCAAUGACAUGAAGGUGAUUAACCACCACAGUGGUAAGCCAUGGAUGGCUGAUCCCUUCCAUCCUCACUAUCUAGCUGGUCAGAAAGCUUUGGAAGAAGUGUAUGGAUGUAAACCUGAUCUUACUCGCGAAGGUGGCUCUAUUCCUAUUACUCUAACCUUUCAGGAGGUUACGGGCAAGAGUGUGAUGCUGCUGCCGAUGGGGGCUGCUGACGAUGGUGCCCAUUCCCAAAACGAGAAGAUUGAUAUUCGUAACUAUAUCGAAGGAACCAAAUCAUUGGCCGCAUAUCUCUACCAUGUUGCGCAUUGAUACAAACACUGAUUUAUCAUUUGCAUCUCACCCUUCUUGCCUCGGGCAAUUUUGAGCCAUUUUCCAUAUUUUAAUUGUUUGGUUUGUUAUUCUAUUCUGAUAAAAUUUUCCAUGGAAUUUGGUUUACACCCCUUGAAUUGUGGUGUGGGUGAUAUUGCAGUGAUAUAUCUGAAUAAAAUUUAUAAUAAUCACUUCAAA